GUGUGUUACUGUUUCGGAGUUUGUAUGUAUUGUUCAGUUUAUUUUAUUGCAAUGUUGUACUUUAUGUUGACUGCUCAUUGUAUUGUUGCACUAUAUGUUGAUUGCUGCCUGUUAUAGUCUGCAAGUAGGCAUUCAAAUAAGAAUUUCACUGUGCUUUGUGCAUGUACAAUGUUGGCCUACAUACAGUAUUACAAACCUUUGAAUCCUUGAAUCGGUUCUUGCUGACUGAAUUUACAGAAGUCAGCCCAUAGUGGCAGAUCCCUUAUUCUGCGUUAAAUGAAAGGGCCAUUAGGCAAAACAAAAACACAGGGUUGCAUGUUAGAUGGUCGGUAAUAACCUGUCAGGAAUCUGUCAGGAAUUAUAUAAGAAAUUUCAAAAUGGAUUUGAACAUGCCCAAUGUCACGCUAAUUGCCGGACAGGAGAUCGCUCAGGAAGCGCGAGCGAUAAAGCACAAGCAAGCAGGCAGAAAUCGGGGCAGACAGGUUUUUAUUCUGGAACACGGACAUCAACUAAGACCAGUAACAUCAAUGACGGACAAAGGGGAACAGGUCAGACCAGGACUUAAAUACACAGAGACUAAUCAAAGUAAACGGACACAGCUGGGUACGAUCGGGAAAGAACACGUGGGUAAGCAGGGGGCGUGGCACACAUGAGGAGCGGACGAGCCGGGCAUGACACCCAUAACUGUUAGUCGUGCUUUUUACUUUGUGUUAGAUAAUCAAAAUGGAGCCUCAUGUGCUAUUGAAAUAUUCUGCAGUUUCAUUCCAGUUCAUCUCCAUAAUCCGGUUCUUGUGUGGGAAUCAUACUCUUUGUCACGAUCGCUGUGAAUAAAGCGGGCGAUCGCUCGGGCAAGCGAGCAAGCAAGAAGCAGGCAGGCAGAAUACGAGGCAAAACAAGGGGUUUAAUCGGAAGACGGGGACCAGGCUACAUCACAAACGCUAACAUCAAUGACAGACAAGGGCAACAGGAAAUAACACAAUGAAAGACUUAGUGAAAGCUACCCAAUCAAUUUCCAUGGCUGUGGAUUUCAGAGAUGACACCAAGCUGAUAAUGCAGCCCUAUGCUAACUGGGAGGAGUACUUGGUACCUACCCCAGUCUCCAUAGCCAUUCUGGGGGAGCUGGUCUUUAUCUCCUCUAAUGUAUAUUUCUCUAUCAACAAAAACCCUACAGAAGGCUCACAAGAACAUGGACCAGAUCCGUCUCCACAUGUGACACCAGCCAGAAUAAGGAAACGGGGAUCGAGAUAUGCGCACCAAAGGUUUCCUGCUACACGGCUCUGCUGGUCCUCUAACAGCCCGGCUGGGAGGAGCUGUACUGCUGCCCUGCUUUGUGGACAGACCCCUGCCUUUGGAGGAGCUGGAGGUGGACUGGAGAAGGACUGAUUCAGACACCAUCGUGCACCUAUUCCAGGACGGUCAGAGCAGACCUGAAUCACAGGGAGAUGGCUACAGGGGCAGAGCCCACUUCUUCUCUCAGGAAAUCUUCAAAGGCAACUUCUCUCUGCUGCUUGACGGUGUGAGGACUGCAGAUGCAGGAGUGUACAAGUGUGUGGUUUAUACAGAGCAGGAGAACCAUGAAACACGGGUGGAAAUACGGGAAGUAGAGCGGCUGGUGGUGACGGGUGCAGAUGAGCCUGUCUAUGCACAUGCUGGAGAGGAUGUGACUCUCAGCUGCUCUGUGGACACACAUGUUAAUGUGACAGAGCUUCAGGUGGAAUGGAGAAAGACAGACGAUGACGGUGACAUCAUGGUGCUUCUGUAUGAUGAUGGAGAGAACAGACCAGGGUCACAGGAUGGGAGAUACUCUGGAAGAGCUGAAUUCUUCACAGAGGAAAUUCCCAAAGGAAUCUUCUCAAUGAAACUGAGGAAAGUCUGGACUGAAGACAAAGGAGAGUUCAGGUGUGAAGUCCACUCAGAUACUGAUUCUGCCAAUACAACUGCCAGGAUAGCAGCACUGGGUUAUUCAUCCCUGCAUUGGCUGAUUCUGGGGCUGUGCAUCGCUGUCACACCUGUAGUCCUACUUACUGGUGCUUUAUCUGUCAGGUAUUUAAGAAGGAAAGAUAAAAGCAAACAGGCUCUGAGUCACUGCUCACAUGUCACAGUCCCACAGAUCAUGGUUUCUGCAGCCUUCAUCCUGUGGGGUGUAACGGAAGGAUCCACAGAAGAGGCUGUUACAUGUACUGGCAUAAGUCUACUGUUUAUCCCAUUAUUAUUUAAUAUGGGUCCAUAUCAGGAAUUCUCAACAGUUACUUGGCAGUUAAUUAUACGCACCAGUUUGAAAACUACAUUUGCCAUCUUUAUGGUUGGUGUCCUAACAGGUUCUCUCAUUGAGUUUUCAGCAAAAUAUUCCCCAACUCCAGCUGAGAAAGCAAUAUUUGGAGGAAUUUUUGGUGGAACCAUAUUUAUGUUCGUCUUUUUUGUUAUAUUCCGAAUCAUCGACAUUGUGGUUUGGACAACUUAUUCUGAAGAAGAUUAUGAUAAAAUAUUUGCCAAGAUAACUGGAAUAACUGGAAUUAUAUAUCUGGUCGUCAUGGUUUCACCUAUAAUUGCUGUCAGUGUUUAUCUGGAAAAAUACUCAGCUGCAGCUAGGAAAAAACAACUUGGAACAUUUUUCACUUUACUAAUAUUUCCAAUCAUCAUGGUUUUAUUCCCAGUUGGUUUCAGUGUGUUUUGGAUAAUAUUCUCCCGAAAGACAAAAAGAACAGUACGACAUCAAGACAUUCUUGUAAUCAUGGGUUAUUUCAUGUAUAACCGCAAACUGUUUAACAUGCUUUUCCUUGCUAUUUAUUCGCAACUCGUUGCCUGGAUUAACAGCACAUUAAAAUUAGAAUAUUCAAUUAUGACUGCAGUUGCUGCUUUGGGAAUCUGUGCCUGCGGAAUUAUCAAGGAUUAUUUAUUGAUUUAUGAAGAAAAGCGUUUGGAGGGAUUUUAUUAUUUUGUUCAGAAAAUCCUUUUGGGGAUUUUCUUCAUGCUGCAUCUGAUAUUAAGUUGCCUUUAUCUAAGUGUGAUUCUAGAAAAUGACAAAGGACGACCUGUAAAGAUCUGCGAGUUUGUGUUCAUCUACAUUCUGACUGUCACAUUGUUCUUUCGAUAUUGGCUUCGGCAACAAGUCAUUGCCAAACCCCGUAAAUAUGUAUAUUUCUCAGGGGCUUUUGGUUUCCCUCUCCUGAAUUCUGUUGCCCUGGCUGUAGCAUUAAAACGCAAAGCAGACACAGGAAAACAGCCACUGGAUCUACGGCUGAUUGUCCUGAUUUCUGGGUCUGUCUUCCUCUUUGGCUGGUUCGUUAUAGAGAUGUCUGCAUACUGGUUGGUUAAAAAAGAAAAGUAAGUAGACAUAUUAUAU